AUGUCUGGUUUGGUACUGCAUCGUGAUCAAUGGCUCGAGGACAGCAGCCCGUCUCAAAACCCAGUACUAACAGACUCAUAUUCGUUAUCGGAGCUCACCAACUGGAAAGGAGAGGGCACCAUUGUGCCCCAGGUGCGCGACGGAUGGGAUAGUAGCGCAUUACCAUGUGGCAAUCAUAACGACAAUCUCUGGCUAUACAGAGUUUAUAUCCGAAUGCAAGAACCGCAGAAGAAAUUACAGAUAUAUCAGGUAUUUUGUUCCUUUUGA